CACGCCCCGCCUGUUGGGGAACGAACCACGUGGCAGCCGCCGCCUGCCCCUGACUCAGCGCCGGGCCCCGAGACGCGACGGCUCCGCGCCCCCGCCCGGGUCCCUGUCGCCCCCGCGCCGCCCGCCGCCCCCCAGCCCGGCAUGGAGGGGCCCGGCCGCGCCCUGCUCCGCCUCGCCGCCGCCUGCUGCCUCCUCGCCGGGCUGCUGCUGCCGCUGCCAGGAGACGGGCACGAGACCCCGACUGACCAGGCGGUGUCCCCAGCUCAGCCCAGCACCGAGCCAGGCUCAUUUCCACUCUGUGAGGCUGAUGGCUUCAGCCCAGAGGCGACUGCCCCUCCUGUGACUAGCGCCGAUAAGGACGGGGCUGCCACCCCCCACCCCAGUUUUAGCAGCCCCCGCGCUGUCGAGCUGGACGAGUCCAUCCCGCCCGAUCCCAACGCAACCACCACCAAGGGCACCAGGCUGCAGACUUCUGCCCCAGCCGUCUCAGCGGAUGCUACGACAGGGCUUCGGAAUAAGAACCUGCCGGUGCUCCCCACUGCCAACACCACAAACCAGCCUGGCCAAAACGGAACCGAGCCCUCCAGCCCCACGGGGCCGACUGGCGCCGCGACCGUGGCUCCAACGCCUCCGCCACCAAAGGACGCACUGGCAACAACGGGCAGCUCCCCACUGGAGCCUUCUGCAUUCAGCACCUUGGGGCCCACGACAGGGAACCCUGAACCCGCCGCAGAGAGCCCUGAACCCACGCCACAAACAGCCCAGGAGAACGCCACAGCGGAGAGCACCGCAGGGCCCACUGCUGCUCCUGCUGCCAUGACAACAGGGAGCCCACCUGCAGCUACCACCCCCAGCACCACCACGGUGACCCCCAGAGCUUCCUCCACCACCAGGGCAGCCACUCCAGCCGUAAUGCAGCCAUCAGCCGAUCCUGUGCAUGAGAAGGCUUCUGUGUUGGAUGUGGGAGACGACGAUGGUCAAGACCAGCCCAGCUCCGCAGUUGCCGGCGCGAUGGGGGCCGACCCCCUGGUGAUCGGUGUCAUCUCCCUGUUCGUCGUCAUGGUGGGGAUCCUGGCCCUGGUCGGCUUCCUGAGAUAUCGGCAGCGCAAUAGCCGGAUGGAGUUCCGGCGCCUGCAGGACCUGCCCAUGGACGACAUGAUGGAGGAUACGCCCCUCUCCCUCUACAGCUACUAGGCAGCAAGAAGAGGACCCUCCAUCCAGGUUUGGGGGAGCGCUGGAGUUCCCUGAGCAGUAGGCCCCUGAGGAUCUGGUCCAGAAAGAUCCCCUGAGGAUGGAGGGAAGGUGGCUCUGAUUUUGCACUUGACUGAAACACUCAUUGCAGAUGGGUGGGUUGGUUUUAAAAACUUUUGUAAAAGUUUGGUUUUAGGGUUUAAUCUGAGAGCUGGAGCCAGUUAGAGCCCAGCACUGACCCUUCCCUCUGCUCUCCGUACGCCGAGUGUCCUGACCCUCCUCAAAAUGCUGAGGAGACGAGAGAGGGGCUUUUCACCUUGCAUUUUACCCUGGCGGCUGAGCUGAUGUUUAGCCGACAAUCUCUGGAGAGGACUCGCUUGGAAGUCUCAGAAGCUAUUGCUCUCAAAGUGCGUCUUGUGUCAGGAGAUGCGGUGUCGGUCCUCACAAGGCAAGCAAAGGAGAAUGUUACUUCCCACUGGGAGACGAGGGUGGGGAGCAGACUGGCUCCCUCUUGCUUUGUGGUUUUUUUGCACAUGUUGUUCCUAUUUCAGCUUCAGCAGUGGGAUCCACUCCUGAAUUCCCAGAGAAUCUAGCAGGACUGUGGUAAACUGCACUCCCCUCCUUGCCGCCCAGAAAAACAGCCCCGUGGCUGCGAGAGGAGAACGUGCUGCUAGGGGCGGGGUAGGCUGGAGGCUUUUCAUCACGCUGCACAGGGAGGGAACAAACGUAACUGGGGCUUGUGUAGCCUUGUCUUGGGUGGGACUCUCCUGUCUGUCUCAAAAGAAAACAAAAUCCCUUGUUCUCUCCCUCGAGGCAGCUGCACAAGCCUAACCCAUUCCCCGCAGGCAGGCUGGCCUGUGGUCGCCUCAGCGUGGGAAGGGAACAUGCAGGCCCUUCUCCUGCGUAUCAGAGAGUCACUUGUUGCACUUAAUACCUGCUCUGAGCUCUGGCGGCCGGAAGCUGCCCUGCCCAGCCUGCACCGUGACUUCCCUCCCCACUAGCGCGAGCUGGGAGCUCCUUAGUUCACCAUCGAAAUAGCCUUGCCCCUUGGCAAGGGCCUUGCCAAGGCUGCUUGGUGGCUCUCAAGGGCACUUUAUGCUCCACGCCCCCGAACCAGCCUUUGCCAUUGUUUUGUGCCUUGUCCCCCCUCCUCGGAACUCUCAUUCAUAUAAACGAAGGCCGGUGUGUUGGGUUUGGAGGUCAAGAAAUGCUGCUUCCCUGCUUCUCAAGUCCCUUGAACAAUCCCAGCGGCUGCUAGCUCUGCCCCUGCGUCUCCUGGGCGCCUUUGCAGCUGCAUAAUAAGCAAACAAACAGGAGCGGGUCUGGAGACAGCCAGCUGCCUCUGGGCACCCUAGGGACAGACGUUAGUGUGUGGGGCAGGAUGUGUCUCCUCCAUGGGUGCAGCUGAAGAGAGGCUGUGUGGUUGUUUUUUUUCUGUUCUGUGUUACCACCUGUCCCCAUUCUCCAACACACACACACACUCACUCACUGGGGUUUCUGGGUCUUCUCUCUUCCCAUACAGUGGCUCCUGCUUAUUUCUACUUCCUAUCUUGUUACGCCUUCUGAAGGCUCCUCUGGGGUCCCGCUCAGCUGGACCUGGGGGCAGCGGUUGGAGAGGUCUCGCUGUUGAGAGUGAUGCUGGGAGAGAUGGUAUAAAACAAAAGCCUUGUUUUUCUCAGGUCUCAGCCUGUUGUCUUGGUUCGAAGGCAGCCAGCGCUUGUGCUCCCUCAGGCCAGCAAAGUCUGGGGGAGUUGUGGGCAGCCUGUGUCUCUUCCGGCAAGGCCCCUGCCCCAUGAAGUUGUACCAUUUUCACAGCCAUGCUAAUGCCCACAUUAGCUUUCGGGAGGGCCUAGUCUCCCACCAGCAGGACAUAUAUAAGUCCUAGUGUUGGCUUUAAUGGAGAUUAUUUGGGCCAUGCAGCCGGAGAACUGGUAGUCUGGAACCAGGGCAGACGAGCUGGAGAAGGUGACUUCCCCACUCCCUGCAUUGCUCUGUGGCUUUGGGAGUAGCUGAUGAAGAGAUCGUGCAGUAGUUAGGGUUUUCCUGUUGGCUGUAAACUUGGGUCUGUUACCUGUGAUGAGAGACACCCAAAAGGAAAUGCAGGAGGGAAUGUAUUUGAUUUUUUUCCCCCCCUCUCGUUGUGUGAAAAUUAGAGGGCAGUUUCCACAGGCGUCAAACUGCCAAGUCGGAACACUUCUGCGCACAGAAAUUUCACUGACGCUGCAGCCUUGUUUCCCUGGCGGGCGGGGGGCAGGGUGCGGCCAAUGUUUAGCACCAACAGAGGCAUGGACAGCGCUGAUGGAAAUAGCGGGACUUCCUCCUGGCUGGAACUGGCGCAUGGGUGUCAAUGGAGCCGUUGCGGUCGGAACGAGCCGCUCUGCACGCAGCUUGAAGGGAGAGGACUGGCUGCCCCAGGCACGCCUGCAUCUCUGCCCCCCAGUGGCUGGGGGAACAGAACUUGCCAAACACCAAAGUGCAACUUCCUUUGUAAAAUAUGUUAAUAGAGGGUUUUUCUGCAAUAAAGUUACAAAUGCU